AUGUCGAUAUUAAUUCGUCUCGUCAGCCCUGGAGGCAGUAACAUUCCCGUUGUGGCUGUGCUGGCGCUAAACCCUACAGCCCCCAAGCCCGCAAGCCUUAUCGCUCUGCCUAGUGUGAUCGGGCCAUUCCUUAAAAAGCCUCAAUUAUUGGAUCCUCAGACCUCUUCUUCGUUCCAGUCGUUGCUACCUAACGCGUUCCGUGUCCAUUCGAGCCAACUGCACACCGCGUCUGCUACAUUAGGCGUCUGCAGCCCUAUCCCCACAUCAUGA